AUGGCUGGUGGUUCAAGGACGUCGUCGCCAAUCAUCGUCAUCUCGGAUGAUGAGGAGAAGCCGGUGUCGCCGCCGGUUGACGCGGUCCUCCCCGAUGCCGAGCAUGGGUGGCCGCCGACGGCGGAUUGGUCCGAAGACGAAGAUGUCCCGAGGCCGGAUUGGCUUCCCGACGGCUUCGGCAUGGAGGGCUACCUUGAAGACGGCACGUUCCAGGCGACGAACUUCAUCUGCCCCGUGACCGGCAUCAGUUUCGGCACCAAGAAUGAGGUGCUCGACUACUGCGCCUCCGGGGGCUUGCAGCGCGCCAUCGAAGCAAAGAACACGCUCGACGCCAAGACCACGCUGCAGGGGAAGUACGCAUGGCUCAGGGGGGAUCACAAGUGGCUGCUCGAGAUCAGGCGGGCUGCUGGAGGGGAGAACGGGAGAAAGAUGAUGUACAAGGUUUAUGCUCACCCGUCUUCCAAAGUGAGGAUUACAUCAAAAGUUGAAGUGAUGCGCCUCAUAGAUGAGGGCAAGAUCCCUGAUGAGUCUACCAAUGAUGGAGACUGCAACGACACGAGCAACAAAGAUAACAUCAUUGCUCAACUUGAUUUCAACGUCUCGUGUCUUCCGCCGGGAUGGGUUAAGGAAACUACAUUUAAGAAAUGCAGUGGUGGCAUUAGGACAGAUAGGUACUAUACGGAUCCUGUGAUAAAAAAGGUGUUCCGCUCACUGAUGGCUGCAGAACAAUACUUUAAGUACGGAAAAGUAAUGGAUUGUUACAAACCAACCAUGAGUGUCACCGACUUGUACUCCUUUGAUGGGUGCGUUGACAUGCCUCUUUGGUUAGCAAGAAGAGUGAAAAUGGAUGGAACAAAAGACCAAUGUGAGGAAGAAUGCCAGACUUCAUGCUUGGGGUGCUCUGCUAUACACUUUAUUGCCUCCUUAUGCUCCAUGAAUGACCCAUUAGGUCAGACACCGACCAUAGAAGUGGGAGAGGAUGGGAAAGAAGUGCUCCAUAGUGAUAGCAAGGAGAAACUUGACGAAGAAGAGUGUCAUGGUGAUGACAAGAAGGAAGAAGACAAAGAAGAGGCACUCAAUGGUGAUGGCAAUGAGAAAGAAGAUAAUGAAGAUAUGCCCCAUGGUGAUGGCAAGGAGGACGAGGAUGAACCAGGGGCACUCCAUGGCAGUGACAAGGUGGGAGUGAAUGGAGAAGGAGUGCCCUGUGGUGAUGGCGUGGAAGAUGGAUGGCGCUUUCGUUCACUUACAGAGUUGUACUCGGUACAAAUUGAAAAAGGCAACUUGAAGAGAAAGGGAAAAAAGAAUAGACUAGUGUAG